GAAUCCCACCAAGCAUCUCUCCCGGUUUAUGCUCGAGCGCCUCGGGGUUUGUGUUUUUGUUCAGAGAGCGCCUCUGGCUGUCUCUUGGCGCGUGGGCUUUCUUUUCCCUCCACGCAGCCGGUCGCGUAGUAGGUUUAUUCGCCAGGAAACCCCCGGGCGCUGGGGCUGAUGCAUUAGCGCCUCCCGUCCCUCCUCCCCCUCGCUCUCUGGAGUCUUUCUUCCCGCGCCUCUGCAGCUGAUUAUCGCGGGGAUGUCAUCGUUACUUUAAUAAUAAUAUUGGAAAGACAGGAAGAAAGGGGGGGCGGGGACGAGGGAGAGCCCUAGACGUCAGGCGGAAGGGAAACGGCCUCAUCUUCUUUAAAUGGUAUUGCUUGUCAUCUGAGCAUGCUCCUAUGUGGGCAGGCGAGGGGUAUAUAACAGCUCGGACGCGGCACGGAGAGCACAAGCAAGCAACAGAAGCGGCUUGGUUGGGAGGAGCGCCAAAGCAGCGCGUGCCGCCAGCUGUUAGGCUGCCCUCUCUGCUGACAGGAUUAUUCAGCAGGCACUUUAGACUGGGACGCGCGACUGAGUCUGCAGAACUAGGAAGACAGUCCAGGGGGCUUUCCCGCGCUUUUCGCUCCUUCGCUUCUCUCGCCCCUGUGGGGGAAACUCCAACCACAAGCCGGAGAGGAGCCCUCCACGUCGUCCAGUCCCAGCAGGUGCCAAGCGCCGCGCGCCUCCUUCUCUCAAGCGUUUCUUUGGCCUCGGGCUAGCAUGAUGGCAGCCGCCGCAGCCGCCGCCAAGCCUGCCGAGCUGAUGGGCAUCUGCUCAAGCUACCAGGCGGUCAUGCCGCACUUCGUGUGCAUCGCCGAGGAGUUCCCUCAGCCCAUGCGGCCCGCCAAGCCGUCCAAGGGCAAGCUCCGCAGACCUCGGCAGUCCCGCUUCAAGACGCAGCCGGUGACCUUCGACGAGAUCCAAGAAGUGGAGGAGGAAGGGGUCUCCCCCAUGGAGGAGGAGAAAGCCAAGAAGUCUUUCCUGCAGUCCCUCGAGUGCCUGCGCAGGAGCACCCAGAACCUCAGCCUGCAGAGGGAGAAGCUCAGCAGCUGCAGCAGGCUGAGGAACAGCCUCGACUCCAGCGACUCCGACUCGGCCCUCUGAAGGGACGGCUUGACUCGGACUGGGAGGCAGCGCCUUGCACACACAAACCCCCCUUCCCCAGCGGGAGGAGAAGCGGACUGGCUGGACAGCCCCUUCCUUAACCCCGGCGCUGUGCUUCAUAAUGAAGCUGGCAAAUAUUAAACUGUGGGGAACUUCAUAGAGUAUAUUUUUUAAAUCGAAAGGGACUAUUUCUGAAGACGUUUGGUUUUUAUUUCUCCAAUAAAUGGCCAUUGGGCACUGGCUCGCUUUAGUUUGUAUCAUAGAUCCAAAUCAUAACAGACAGGAUGGCAGAGAGUUGGAAGGGUAAACUUGGAAGGAUGGAGUUCCUUCCCCAGCAACUCUUCUUCUUCUUCUUUUUAAACCCUGAUAAAGAUCUAGUGUGAGUGUUGUAGAUUUCCAAGAGCAGUUUGCAAGUGACAGGGUUCUUUCUUCUUCUUUUUUUUAAGAACGUGCUUGUAUGUAUGUUUCUAUAUUGCCUGUUGUAUUUUUUCUUUAAGAAAAGGGGAAAACAUAAAAAUUGCACAUCUUUUUUCUAACUGUUUUAUGGAUGCAAUCAGCUGCUGGACUUUAUAUUUAUUUUUGCAUUUAAACUCUUGACUGCAUUAAUUUAAUAUGUUUCUACCUGAAUGUGUGUAAUUUCCACAACAGAGAAAUAAAACUGAUAUAUUUGCACAAUG